GAAAGACAGGCAAAGCUGUCCAUCUUGCAGAUGGACAGAGGGGCCCCACAACAUGGCUCACGCUGGUGCCCAGAGUCCAAAAAUAUCCUUAUAAACUUCUACAGAGCCUUUAACUUAGAUGAGGAUGUGUUCAUACACCAGGCCAACCACCCACUAACAGUGCUGUCUAGUGUGGUGAUGGGUAGUAAUGACCACUCCUUGGCAGAAGGUGAUAAAAGACCUUGCUUUAGGGUACUACCUUGCUAUCUGGAACAUGUUUCCAGUAGAGUCUCUAUUUCCUGGAUCUCAGCCCUUCUACCUGUGGGAGCAAUGAAACACCAGCUUCUAUGUUACUUAAUGGAUCUUAUAUGCUCUUUCUGGUUAGCAGGUCAGUGUAUGAGCCUUAAAGCUACCAACAUGCAACACUGCAAGUGUUCAAUAGCCACAUGGGACUCCAUUGAAUUGGACUGCACUGAUUACAAAACACUUCCAUCAGAACAUUCUGUCCUAGCACUGCUCCAAGUCUUUGUAGGGCAAAACUAUUGUAUGGAUCGUGUUUUACUUCAUGUGGAUGUGAACUAUUUGAAGUCCCUGCCCUGA